UUCCUGUAAUUUCUUCUAACUCUCACCUGAACGCAAUCAGACUGAGCAUCUGACAGCGACUCGGCAACUAGAAGACCCGCGAUGUUUUAUGGAGAAACUUUCUGCUGUUAGAAGCUUCAAAAAGCCUGAAAGCUAAUAGCUAAGCUAACGACUCCACCAUGGAUAUCCGACCAAAUCACACCAUUUACAUCAACAACAUCAAUGACAAAGUCAAGAAAGAAGAGUUGAAGCGUUCGCUCUACGCGCUCUUCUCCCAGUUCGGGCAGAUCGUCGAAAUCGUGGCCAUGAAGACGAUGAAGAUGAGAGGGCAGGCCUUUGUCGUCUUCAAGGAGCUGGCCGCUGCCACCAACGCGCUGAGGCAGCUGCAGGGUUUCCCCUUCUACAACAAACCCAUGAGGAUACAGUACGCCAAGACUGACUCCGAGGUCAUCGCCAAGGUGAAGGGAACGUACGGCGACAAGGAGAAGAAGAAGGACAAGAAGAAGAAGGCUCAGGAGCCGGCAGCAAACCUCACCAAGAAACCAGCUUUGGGUUCAGCUCCACCUGUCCACUCACCUGCAGUCCAGGUUCCAGACAAUCCACCCAACUACAUCCUGUUCCUCAGUAACCUUCCUGAGGAGACCAAUGAGAUGAUGCUGUCCAUGCUGUUCAACCAGUUUCCCGGGUUUAAAGAGGUCCGGCUGGUUCCAGGGAAACACGAUAUUUCCUUUGUGGAGUUUGAGAGCGACGCCCAGGCAGGAGUAGCUAAAGACGCCCUGCAGGGCUUCAGGAUCACCGCCACCUGCGCCAUGAAGAUCACCUACGCCAAGAAGUAGUCCUCUGGACCAGGAGCCACUCUUCUGGACUUUUUCUGCUUUGUUUUUUUAUUAAAUAAUUUUUUGCUUGUUGGUCUGAUUUGUAAAAUAAAAUGUUUUUACAGAG